AUGAUAUUUAGACAUAUAACUGAGUGGCGUAUUUCAAAACGUAUUGAAGAACAAUUUAAAGCAUUUAUGGAAGGAUUUAAUCAAUUAAUACCUCAAGAUUUGAUUUCAGUUUUUGAUGAACGUGAAUUAGAGGUUGGAAUAUUGAAAAUAUUAUUAACAACUUGUGGCAAUUUGGCACCUGUGAAUUAUCGAGUUACAAUUGAUAACAUUUUAAUAUAUAGAAUUAUUGCUGAUAUUAAUCAAUUAGAAAAAUCUAAUAAUAAUAUAGGAGAAAAUAAUCUCACAUUAAAAUUAUAUGAAUGUUUAUUAGCUUCAAUAAUAUCACCUUCACAAUUUCAUUCAACAAUACUCCCACAAGCAAUAAAUCUAUUCAAUUCUGGAUUAAAUUUAAAAUCAUAUCAGUUGCAAUCAUUCUGUUCUCAAUCUCUAAUGAUAUGUGAUCUCAUGGUUCACAGUCGUCUACCACCACUUGAACAUCAUUUACAAACAAAAUCUUCAAUACACCAAAUUACUUUUAUGAACAUUGAUGAUGUUGUUGAUACUAUUGAUGAUGAUAAUAAAUUAAAAUCAUUGUCAUUUACUGAUAAUAAUAAUAUUAUUUCUGAGAGUCUUAAUAAGAGACCACACUCAAUAGAUGAUGAUUUUGAAAUAAAUCAAGAUGAGAAUGCACAAGUUUUUAAAUCCCAAAGAAUGAGUGAAAAUAUUAAUGAUGAUGAUGAUUUUGAAAUGCCAGAAAUCAUUCUUGAAGGCCCAGAUUCAGACUAA